UUGAAAUUUACUGCUGCAGAUACCCCAGCUGCCAAAAUCGAAAAAUUAUCCGGAUAUUACCCUCUCUGGAGAGGAUAAUAUCCGGAUAAAAGUCAGUUUUGGCAACUGGGGUAUGUACUUUAUUACAAAAAUCAACUGAAUUUAAGAUCAAAAAUUUUAACAUAGUAUUUUUGGGGAUUUUCAUGUGAUAUUUAUAUUUUAUAAUUUAAAAUCUGCUUUCGUUACAAAAUCGUCUCACCUGAUUGAAGAUGUGUGUUUUAAAAAUGUAACCUUGGCCGUUCUCUUCGAGGGCAAAUAAAAUUAAAUGCACAAUCACAAUCAACACCGUCACCACAGUAAUCGGCAUAAAGGGCGUGAAGAAAAAUGCAGUCAUUCUACAAGUUCCUCUUCUACCUAUUUUUCACCACCACCUGUCUGCCAUUCAGCACAACCUUCAGCAUCGCAGACUGGAUAUGGGGUCAGAAAGGAGGAUCGGGUCUGCAAGGAUUUGAUUUUGCCAGCAAGAAUGUUGAUGCUGAAAACAUUGAGCUCCCUGCUGAAGUUCCUUUUGAGACUUUAACUGUUGACGAGCGAUUUCUGCAAGAAGCACAAUACUUUGGUUUGACGUUAGCCUCACCUCUUGAAAAAUGUCAGCAGUCCAUUGUUUUCAACCUCAAAACGUCCUGCUCCUCGCUAACAGAGGAACAGCUUGGCAAGAUAAGUGUUGCUCUUCUCAAUUGCCAGCUAGUUUAUGAAGGACGCCCAGAGUUUAAAUGCACUGAUGAGAUGAGAUUGCGAAGAUGCACAGAAGGAAUGGACCCUGAGACGUGGAACACUUACCAUCUGAUGAAUAACAGGGCUCGAUCACUCUGUGUUGCAGCAAGAACGUCUCAGUUUAACGCACUUACUGAAAUGACCAUCAACAAAUUGAUGGCCUCAACAAAAGGACAUAUCGAUUCACUUCAAGCCUUAAAGGCUGAGCAAGAGAAACUGGGCAUCACAACGGAUGAAAUCGUUCACAAAUUAGAAGAAGAACAAAAUGCUUUUUUGCAGAAGCAGUUGAUGUUAAAAAAGCUGCAAAUGCAAACCGAGUUGUUUGUACAAAAUAGGCUCCGUGAUCUGGCCUACGAAAGGUCACUGCUUGUUUCGUUGCAAAGACAACUGACUGCCACUGCAAAUUUGGUCACCCAAAAAUUAUAUGACGCCAAUGAUGAGAUUGAUAAGCGCAACACUGAGUGGAAGUUUCACCAGGACUUGCUGGCUGCUGAUGUGAAAAAGUUGCACGAAAGAGUGGCAGAAAUUUGGAAAGAAAUUGAUCAAGGGACGAAAAAGAUGAAAAAUCAACUCGAGUCAACUAUGCACCUGAACGCGGCAACGCUGCAGAGCUUGCAGGUUAUCAAUGCUUCUGUUAUUUACUUUCAAAAUUUAUUUUCUACAACGCACAACGAGAUUAACAUGAGACUGAAUACUUUUGUUGAAAUUUUGGGGGGAUCAGAUACUUAUAUUACUUCACUCAUUCAUUUGUGCUUCCUGCUCAUCUCAAUGCUGCUCAUAGCCUUCAUUGGAGCGCCAUACUGCACAAAGGUACUCCUUGUUGUGCUGACCGCAAAUAAUAUUUUUUUGCUCACAACGAAUGGCGCCGAAGCAGCAAUUCCAUUGCCUGCAACUACGUUUUUGAUAAUUUUUGGAUCACUACUGCACAAAAUAUUCAUGCUUUUGCUGAGCUUGAGACCCAAAUUGCCCAGUCAACCUCAACAAAAUUUGACAAAACUCCAGUGGUAUUUAAAACUGAAGAAUAAUGCGUGGGGAAAACUAGCACCAUUUAUAGCUUUAGGUGCAGGAAAGAAAGAAACUACUGCACAAAGAGUUGAUGACUCUGAUGAAAUGUCAAGUGAGAGCGACAGUGGCUUGGCCGAGGAGACUGAUAACUUGCCAAGCAUUAUUAAUCGUGAGAGCAACUUAGUCAGACGAGGAUCUGUUUAUUCCAGGCGCUCAAGAAACUCAACCCCGUCACGUUCAGGAACGCCUACAAGGCCACUGUGUAGCGCAAGGUGUGUUAAUGGACAGCCAUGUAGAAUGUUUGCAAACACUUUGCAGGGUACUUGUGCUCGACAUAGUUCCUAGCACCAAUUAAUUUAAAGCAAGUUAUUUAUAAAAAAAAAAAAUUAACUUUAUACUGUAACUGGAAUUGUUACUAUUUUAAUCGAUACGCUUGGAUUUUUAUGACCUGCCAUUUUAAAAAUGCUUCCAUGUUUCAGAUUAUUGUAAUAAAGUAGGUUAAGCCAUGUAAA